GGCAACAUGAUGGACACUUCCAUUAUAUCAGAAUAUGACCUAGGUGGAGAAGGAGAUUUAUUCAAAGCUCCAGAACCCAUCAUAGAAGAACCACUUCUUCCACUUCAUCCCGUGAUAGCUGCCAUGUCCAUUAUAUCUGAAGGAGAUGAUGUCAUCACAGAAACAUUUAAGGUUGGGAAUAUGGAGUUGGUCCAAACUGAUCAUCUACUGAAUGAUGUCUUCUAUGAGUGCAAGAAGGAGCUUCUAGAGAAAUCGGCAAUUAAAGAAUCAUUUUCUGAGGUAUUAGAUGCAAAGAUUCCUGCAGUGCGGACAGAAGAAGAUUCAAGUGCAGAGAAAAUUAGAUUAAUUGCAGAAGGACAAUUGCUGAGAAGUGUUAGCACUGGAAAUCUAACCUCAAUAGAGUGGAUCGGCGGUAGCACAAGUAGACCUAACUUUCUUGAUUUUCAAGCGCUGGAUUUUGAAGCUGUAUUCGGAAUGAGGAGAGCAUACAGUGAGGGAGAUAUUCAGAAUCUUGACAAUAAUAACACAAAAUUUGGAAGUGCUAGUGCUGUUCGUUCUUCAUUUGAGCCGCUUUUAACCAUCAGUGACCUCAAGAGUGAAGAACGCAAGCAAAAACUUUCCAGGUACAGGAAGAAGAAGUCCGAGAGAAACUUUGGCAGAAAAAUCAAGUAUGCUUGCCGGAAGGCUUUGGCAGAUAGUCAACCAAGGGUACGUGGAAGGUUUGCAAAGACUGAAGAAUUUGAGGUUUCAAGGCCAAGCAAGUAAGUGUAUAUAUUGCACUAGGAAAUGGUUGAAGCUGAUAGCACAGAGUAGCUGUGCAAGCCAUCAGGGGGAGAGCCCGACGAUGUCAAAAAUUGUAUAUGUUGCUUGCUGAAGGAAACCUCUGUCAUCGAGAAAUCUGCGUUGCUGUAAUAACUGUUGCUUGAUGCGCAUGGAGCUGAACUAUAAAAAGUUUUGAAUAAAAUUAAAUUCACUAUCCCAA